AUGCCACCCCGAUUAAUAUCCCUAUCGUCCUUCAGAACCUCAACAAAGCUCUGUAUUCAAUGCUACUCGACAGCCCCAAGAGUGCGCCUGGCCUAUGACCUCCACGAACCGGCGAAACCCUCCUCAAAUGCUCCGGGGGCAAUUAUAUUUAUGCAUGGCCUGUUUGGGUCUAAGAAAAAUAACAGGAGCAUCAGUAAAGCUCUUGCCAGGGACUUAGGAAGACCAAUUUAUGCAGUUGACCUUCGAAAUCAUGGAGACUCUGCUCACAAUCCUCACCACGACUACAUUUCUAUGGCAGACGAUGUUGCUGGAUUUAUAGAGGAGCACAAGCUCAAAGAUACAACGUUAAUUGGUCACUCAAUGGGAGCCAAAACAGCAAUGACUUUGGCCCUACGGUCUCCAGAAAUCAUAAACGAUAUUGUUUCAGUCGACAAUGCUCCAUUGGAUGCCGCUCUACUCAGCAACUUUGGCAAAUACAUUCAAGGGAUGAAGAAGAUCGAGGAAGCAGGCGUUACCAGGCAAGCCGAGGCAGACAAGAUAUUAGUCGACUAUGAGGAAUCUCUCCCUAUCCGACAAUUCUUGCUUGGCAAUUUAUACCGACCUGCGGAUGACAAGACACAAAAAUUCAAAGUACCUCUAAAGAUCCUAGCUUCUGCAUUGGAUAACCUUGGAGAUUUCCCAUACAAGGACCCCUCGGAAGUACGGUUCGAAAAACGAGCGUUAUUCGUGAGAGGCACCCACAGCAAAUACGUUCCUGAUGAAGCACUCCCCAUAAUAGGACAGUUCUUCCCAAGAUUCGAGCUCGCAGAUAUCGAAGCAGGACACUGGGUCAUCUCCGAGAACCCCGAAGCAUUUAGAGAAGGUAAAGCUCCCUUCGCACCCCUCCCAGGCAAAACAUCCAGAUACUGA